ACACCUCUUUCUUCCGUUUCCCUCCCUCUCUCUCUCUCUCUCUCUCUCUCUUCUGGUUUUUGGAUUUUCAAUUUCUCUGUUGUCUUGAAAAAAGAAGAAAAGGGUGAAAAGCUUUGAUCCUUGGCAUCCAUGGCUGAUAUUUUGAGCAAAAGCAGCCUCUUUUCGCCAUGUCCCCAUCUCUGCACCUCUCUUUCUCCCAAGAAAUCCUCAUCCGCUUUUGGGUUUCCUUCUAUUCAGUUUCCAUCCCUGAAAUCUUCUUCCAGUAGCGAUUUUCAUGGCCGGAAGAUGGUUCUCCCAGAAACUCAAACGAUACCCAAGAGAGGAAAUCUCCAAGCUUGUCAAGCACAGAUGAGCCUUUGUAUUAGCAAAGCUCUAAGAUGGUGGGAGAAAGGGCUUCAAUCCAACAUGAAAGAGAUCCAAUCCGCCCAAGAUCUUGUCGAUUCCCUGCUGAAUGCGGGGAACAAACUAGUUAUUGUGGAUUUCUUUUCUCCUGGCUGUGGAGGCUGCAAGGCACUCCAUCCAAAGAUUUGCCAGAUUGCUGAGCAGAACCCAGAUAUUCAGUUUCUUCAAGUGAAUUACGAGGAGCAUAAAUCCAUGUGUUAUUGCUUGAAUGUCCACGUGCUUCCCUUCUUCCGAUUUUACAGAGGAGCCCAGGGUCGUCUGUGUAGCUUCAGCUGCACAAAUGCUACUAUCAAAAAAUUCAAAAAUGCAUUGGCAAAGCACACCACAGACCGUUGCAGCCUUGGGCCAGCAAAAGGCCUAGAAGAAACAGAGCUCUUAGCUCUGGCUGCAAACAAAGAGCUCUCCUUCAACUACACAGCAAAACCAGUACCUGUUCCUGCAAAAAGGACGGCAGAAACAACUCCAUCAAGCCCAAAACUCCCUCUCACUUCAGUCCAAAAAGCCACUCAAGAGUCUGAAGAGAAGAGGGGCCUUGUUACAGCUUGGAGAUAAAAAGGAGAAAUGCCACCCACCAUUUUCUCCCUUACCUUUUUGUACAGCCUUUU